AACCUUCAAAUGUGACACAACACAUAACCUUAAUAUUGAACACAUUUUCUAAAGUGGCAAAAAUGAAUGAAGAAUUUAAUGAUAAGAAAAAAGCUCACAGAAAGCGCUUGGCAGGAAGAAAAGCUGACAAGAAGGAUGCGAAAAAGAAACAACAAGAAAAUUUGAGUGAUAAACAGAAAAAUCCAAAAGCUUUUACUUUUAACUCGGCUAUAAGAGCAGAAAGGCGUUUUCGAAGGAAACAAGAUUUAAAUACAAAGAAACAACAUGUACCAUUGGUGGAUAGAACCCCAAUUGAGCCCCCACCGAUUUUAAUCGCCGUGGUGGGUCCACCAAAAGUAGGCAAAACAACUUUAAUUAAUAAUUUGAUUAAAUUGUUUACGAGGAGUCCUUUAACAGAUAUUAAAGGACCCGUCACUAUUGUAACAGGGAAAAAACGUAGAGUUACUUUAGUGGAAUGUAACAACGAUAUAAAUUCAAUGAUUGAUUUGGCCAAAGUAGCCGAUUUAGUUUUAUUGUUAUGUGAUGCUAGUUUUGGGUUUGAAAUGGAAGUUUUUGAAUUUCUAAAUAUAUGUCAAGUGCAUGGUAUGCCGAGAAUUAUGGGAAUUUUAACUCAUUUAGAUAUGAUUAAAAACAAUAAAGCUUUGAAGAAUACAAAGAAAGUUUUGAAACAUCGAUUUUGGACCGAAGUUUAUCCAGGAGCAAAAUUGUUUUAUUUGUCAGGAAUUAUUCACGGGGAAUACCUAAGAAAUGAAAUUAAAAACUUGGGGAGAUUUAUUUCCGUUAUGAAAUUUCGCCCAUUAACUUGGCGAACAAAUCACAGUUAUUUAAUCAUCGAUCGUUACGAAGACAUAACAGGCUUAGAAAACGUUCGUCAAAACCCAAAAUGCGAUAGAAAUGUUUGUUUGUAUGGUUACGUUCGCGGGGUUCCUUUAAAUAAAAAUAAUUGUGUCCACAUUCCCGGAUUUGGGGACACAAAAAUCUCAGAAAUGAGUUUUUUACCCGAUCCGUGCCCUUUGCCAGAAACAAUAAAAAAACGAGCACUUGUUGAGAAGGAAAAACUCAUUUACGCCCCGUUUUCAGGGGUUGGAGGAAUCGUUUAUGAUAAAGACGCCGUUUACGUGGAAUUAGGGGGAAGUCAUAGUCAUAAUAAACGAGAAGGGGAUGAAACUCAUCACAUUUUUAAUAAUUUAAUUGAAACGAAAGAAACUUUAGAUGUUAAAAUGCAACAUUCUGAGUUGCAAUUAUUUACGGGAAGUGCUGGAAUCACCGCGGAGGAUGUUGAGAAGGAACAGGAAGAAGAAAAGGUUGAGUUGGAAAAAUUAAAGGAGUCGAAAGAGUUGAAUGAAAAAGAAUUUGAAGAAGUUUUCGAUUCGGGACGAAUAAGAAGAAAAGUUAUUUUUAAUACAGAUAAUGAUGAUAUUCUUGAUGAAGAUGAAGAAAAUACAGGGGAUGAUUCUGACCAAAAUGAAGAAGAUGACUUUGAUGAAGAUAAUUCUGAUGACGAAUUAAACUGGAAAGAUAAUUUACAAGAAAAAGCUAAAGAAUCAUAUUUAAACCGCUUGCAAUCACAAAGGAAUUUAAUGAAACUCGUUUAUGGAGUUUUUGAUAAAAAAUUAAGAACACAAAUGGAUGCAGAACUUAACAAAAAUAAUGAUGAAAGCGAUAAUGAUGACGAAGAGAUUUUUAAAGUUGUUUCUCAUGAACAAGAACGUCUUAAAUCGGAAAAGGAACGUUUAAACAUCAUUGAAUCAACUUUACAUAAACCAUGGAACAUUGAAACGAUCGAUUAUCUUCAAGAAGAUAGCAAAAAAUUGCUUGUUAACCGUUUCGUAACGGGUAAAUGGAAAGAAUCUGAAGAUGCGGAAGAACUUUUAAAAUUGGACGAUCUCAAAGAGUCUGAUGAUGAACUUUAUGGUGAUUUUGAAGAUUUGGAAACGGGGGAGAAGUUUGAAGGAUCAAAAGUUAAUGAAAACGAAGAAAUUAAUGGCGAGUAUGAUAAAGAUAACAAUAAAUUAAAAAGAAAGCAUGAAGAAACCGAAAACAACGAUAAUAAACCAGAAGAUUCCGAAAAGACCCGCAAAGAACUUUUAGCGAAAAAAUUAAAAUUAAAAGAAAAAUUUAAUUCUGAAUACGACAACACCGACAAUAAUUAUUACGACGAAUUGAAAUUAUCGGCUGAAAAACAAGCUGAGUUAAACAAAUCGGUUUUUGAAAACCUCGACGAUGAUCUUCGCGUUCAAAUCGAAGGAUUCCGCCCCGGAAUGUACGUUCGAAUCGAACUUGAACGAGUUCCAAGCGAAUUCAUCACUAAUUUUGAUCCAACUUACCCCGUGAUUGUGGGCGCUUUGAACAUGGGGGAGGAAAACAUCGGUUUUGUGAAUGUAAAAUUAAAAAAACAUCGUUGGUAUAAAAAAAUUUUAAAGGCGAACGAUCCUGUUAUAGUCUCAUUGGGUUGGAGACGAUUUCAAACGUUACCACUUUACUCUAAAUUAGAGGAUAAUCUUCGAUUAAGAUAUUUAAAAUAUACACCGCAACAUUUAGCUUGUAACGCUCAUUUUUGGGGGCCAAUAACGCCGCAAGGAACUGGAUUUUUAGCUUUACAAUCUUGUGUGGCUAAUCCAGAAGUUGUUAAACAACAAGGAUUUAGAAUUGCCGCAACUGGGGCUGUUCAAGAAUUAGAUAAAAGCGUGCAAAUUAUGAAAAAGUUGCAAUUGGUGGGGAAACCUUUAAAGAUUCAUAAAAAUACAGCUUUUAUAACUGGAAUGUUUAAUAGUGCUUUAGAAGUGGCUAAAUUUGAAGGGGCAAAAAUAAAAACUGUUUCCGGGAUAAGGGGACAAAUCAAAAAGGCCGAAAAUAAACCGGAGGGUUGUUUCAGAGCUACGUUUGAAGAUAAAAUUUUAAUAAGCGAUUUAGUACUUUGCCGAACUUGGUAUAAAGUCCAAGUUGAAAAAUUUUAUAGCCCAUUAACAUCAUUAUUAUUACCGCCAGAUAAAAAAAAUGCUUGGAAAGGAGUUAGAACUGUUGGUGAAUUAAAACGGGCAAAAGGAAUUAAAAGCGAUGUUAAUCCUGAUAGUUUAUACACUGAGAUUCAAAGAGAACCAAAAGUAUUUAAACCUUUAGUUAUUCCGAAAAAACUACAACAAUCGCUUCCUUAUAAAGAUAAACCAAAACAUGACGUGAAACUUGGCGAGAAAAAGAAAGCAUUUAAGAGGGUCGCUGUGGUUAAGGAACCACAUGAAGAAAAGGUUUCGAAUAUGCUAAAGAUGAUUAGGACGGCGUAUGAACACAAACAGGAGCGGUUGAAAAAGGAGACUAAAGAACGAUUGGAGAAACAUCGCAAAACCAUUGAAGCGCUUGAAUCGAAAAAGCAAAAGAAAAUGCAACAAAAAAAGAAAGAUGUGUUUAGAGCGAAAAGUAAAGCGCAAUUAAAAAAGAAUGUUGAUUAAGAAUUAUUUUUUCUAAAAUAAAUUGGUUAAUAAAA